UAGACUCCCCGAUAUAUGUCGGAGUGGUAUGGGAAUUUGGCGGAGUUGUUGCCCUCUGCUAUGCUACUCGGUUGUGGAGCAUCACUAUCCUCAACGAGUGAUGAGACAGUUUGGCAUGUUCCAGUAUAUACCUAACCCAAUUGCCAUAGAUCAUAAUGAGCAUGCCAGACUUCAUUCCAUGAACCGGAGCGGGAAAACCGGCUGGAACUGGUUAAGUCGUCACGCACCGUAUGUUAGUCAGUGGGAGGCACGUCAUCAAAACUUGGUGACCGGGGAACUCAUGACAUCUGUUGGAGUUGCCAAUGAUUACAUGUCGUGGUACAUGGAACAUACGGUGUUAUAUGUAUCUAACCCACAGUUGUCAGCUGGCCCUACGAGCGGUUUUCAAGACGAAGGAGCAAGGGUCCAAAUGAUGUCGGAGACGAUGGGUCUAAUUCACCGAUCUGAAGAUGUGGACGUUAUUCAUGGUGCGGCGUAUCGGGCCCUUGAGAUGUCUAAUGUUCCACAAUACACACAAUAUCCGACUCAUCUGUCACAGGAGCCGGUGGACCUUGUUUCAUAUCCUCGUACACAGAGGGUAGGCAGGCCCCGACGUCGUGCUCGUGGUGGUAGAAACGUUGAAGAGGCCGGGACAUCAAAUUGGGGCCCAAACUUCGAAACAGGGGGGGGGAUCAGGAUCCGGUGGUAACAAAGAUGUAAAU